UCCCAAGAAGACCCCUUUGCCAGCCGGUAUUUCGGGGUGGGGGGCGCUGCGAGGAGGCCUGGCGCCCUUUUGUGCACGUUUAGUGCCCAGCAGUAUCUCCCAGACCAGCAACCCCCGACCCUCCAGUCUCCAUGUCUUAGAGAAGCCAAAUUCGAGAGUUAUAUAAUUUCUAGUGCUGCUGUUUCUCCUGCCUGAGGAAACACUUCAUCGCGUGGAGGGUGCAGGACAUUUCUGUGCACUUCUAUAUAGGAACGGGGUGUGGGCAGGGGUGGCCAGCGGUAGCAGAGAGAUUUCUUGUCUUUUCUGCAAAAGGAAGGUGGGUAGUUGGGAGAGAGAUUCAAAGGGUGGAUGUGGAAGCCAAGCAGCAGAACUCUAAUUUAGGAAAUCGCGGACCGUUUGCACAGCUUGUGCUCACAUGCCUAAUACUACUACAUCGUCUCAGAAAACACCUUUGGGGGAAGGUUUGACUUCUCUCGAACAGUCUCAGUGUUUUUCCUCGCCGGAUAGGGAGCUGUUUGGAUGUGAAGAGAUGGCAUGAUGUGAAUGACUCCAGUGUGAAGAAAUCUGCUUCGCCAACUCAUCCUGCAUCAAGUGCCCAUUGAGUAGCACUGUCACUUUAAUGUCUCCAUGCCAAGGGAUUGCUUUCCUCCUUUUCAAUCCUCUCGGUUAAUACAUGGGAGGAUCAGAAUCAGAGGGGCAUUAAGGAUUAAGCCGAGGGGCUUGGAGAGUACAGAAGAAAAAAAUGAAAGUGACAGCAAGCUGGAUCUUGUCUGACUGAGGGGGUGAGAUCUGGAACUUCUGGUCCAGUAAAUAAAAAGGGGCCUUUCAGUCAGUCUGUGUUCUGCCCCAGAAAACUGUUCAAACUCACCCAUCUUUUUAGAGACCAGAGUCAAAAAGGUUUUUAAAAGUUAUUUUUUGUUGGGGAGGGGAUUAAAUUUUUCUCUGAAGAAUUGAGGAUCUUUAUCAUCAACCAGUUCAUCUUUGAAUUUGAUCAUGUACUGAGUAAUGAGACAGCUGUGUAAAUUUGGUUUGUGCCUUAAUUGAUUUAGUCAUUGAAUUCCAAAAAUGUUGAUGUCUGAAGAGGAGUUUUAAUAACAUUUUCUAUGCUUACAAUAGUUUUCUCAGUUUUUUUUAACAGAAUAAAUAUUUUAUAAAAAUUGAAAAACUCAAGGUUAUUUUUUUCCAAACUCUGGGCAGUGUCAAAAGUUUAAUUGUGGAAAAAAAUACAUCAUUUUUUCUCUGUCUGGAAGAGAAGACAGCCUGGAUUUCAAAAUUGAACAGUGAAGUGGUUUGCAACAGUUACCUGGCUCUUGGCCUCAGUCCAGCUGGAUCAAGUUGAAACCUGAAAAGAGAUCUUGCAUCCUGUGGCAGUGGAAAGACCCAAGAAUGCCAGUCAAGAAGAAAGAUACUGACCGAGCUUUAUCAUUACUGGAAGAAUACUGCAAAAAAUUAAGGAAACCAGAGGAACAGCAGUUGAAAAGCGCUGUUAAAAAGGUGAUGGGUAUCUUUAAGAGCAGCUUAUUCCAAGCUUUGCUAGAUAUUCAAGAAUUUUAUGAAGUGACAUUGCUAAAUUCUCAAAAAAGUUGUGAUCAGAAGAUAGAAGAAACCAAUCAAGUUGCACAGAAAUGGGAGAAGACAUCCCUUCUUGCUCCAUGCCAUGAUAACCUUCAAAAAUCUGCAGAGCUUACAGAUUGCUGUGGACCAAAGGAAAGUGCUUCAUGUAUUGAGCAAAAUAAAGACAAUCAGUGUUUUGAAAAUGAAACUGACAAAAAGAAAAGACAAAACCAAGGCAAAUGCCCAGCCCAGAAUUGUUCAGUGGAAGCCCCUGCUUGGAUGCCUGUCCACCACUGUACUAAGUAUCGAUAUCAAGAUGAGGACGCUCCACAUGAUCAUUCCUUACCUCGACUAACCCAUGAAGUAAGAGGACCUGAGCUGGUGCAUGUAUCAGAAAAGAACCUGUCUCAAAUAGAAAAUGUCCAUGGAUACGUCUUGCAGUCUCACAUCUCUCCUCUGAAGGCCAGCCCUGCUCCUAUUAUUGUCAACACAGAUACUUUGGACACGAUUCCUUAUGUCAAUGGAACAGAAAUUGAAUAUGAAUUUGAAGAAAUUACAUUGGAAAGGGGGAAUUCUGGCCUGGGAUUCAGUAUUGCUGGAGGGACAGAUAAUCCCCACAUUGGAGAUGACCCUGGCAUAUUUAUUACGAAGAUUAUACCGGGUGGUGCUGCAGCAGAGGAUGGCAGACUCAGGGUCAAUGAUUGUAUCUUGCGGGUGAAUGAGGUCGAUGUGUCAGAGGUUUCCCACAGUAAAGCCGUGGAAGCUCUCAAGGAAGCUGGGUCUAUCGUUCGGCUGUACGUGCGCAGAAGACGACCCAUUCUGGAAACUGUUGUGGAGAUCAAACUGUUCAAAGGGCCUAAAGGUUUGGGCUUCAGUAUUGCAGGAGGUGUGGGGAACCAGCACAUUCCUGGAGACAACAGCAUUUAUGUAACUAAAAUUAUAGAUGGAGGAGCUGCACAAAAAGAUGGAAGGUUGCAAGUAGGAGACAGACUGCUAAUGGUAAACAACUACAGUUUAGAAGAAGUGACGCAUGAAGAGGCAGUCGCAAUAUUGAAGAACACAUCCGAUGUCGUUUAUCUAAAAGUUGGCAAGCCCACCACAAUUUAUAUGACUGAUCCUUAUGGUCCACCUGAUAUUACUCACUCUUAUUCUCCACCAAUGGAAAACCAUCUACUGUCUGGCAACAAUGGAACUUUAGAAUAUAAAACUUCCCUGCCGCCCAUCUCUCCAGGAAGGUACUCACCGAUUCCAAAGCACAUGCUUGUUGAAGACGAUUACACCAGGCCUCCGGAACCUGUUUACAGCACUGUGAACAAACUGUGUGAUAAGCCUGCUUCUCCCAGGCACUAUUCCCCUGUUGAGUGUGACAAAAGCUUCCUUCUCUCAGCUCCCUACCCCCACUACCACCUAGGCCUGCUCCCUGACUCUGAGAUGACCAGUCAUUCUCAACACAGCACCGCAACCCGCCAGCCUUCAGUGACCCUCCAACGGGCCAUCUCCCUGGAAGGGGAGCCGCGCAAGGUGGUCCUGCACAAAGGCUCCACUGGCCUGGGCUUCAACAUCGUAGGCGGGGAAGACGGAGAAGGUAUUUUUGUAUCCUUCAUUCUGGCUGGUGGACCGGCAGACCUGAGUGGGGAGCUCCAGAGAGGAGACCAGAUCCUCUCCGUGAAUGGCAUUGACCUCCGUGGAGCAUCUCAUGAACAGGCUGCCGCUGCACUGAAGGGGGCUGGACAGACGGUGACAAUUAUAGCACAAUACCAACCUGAAGAUUACGCUCGAUUUGAGGCCAAAAUCCAUGACCUACGCGAGCAGAUGAUGAACCACAGCAUGAGCUCCGGGUCCGGGUCCCUGCGAACCAAUCAGAAACGCUCCCUCUAUGUCAGAGCCAUGUUUGACUAUGACAAGAGCAAGGACAGUGGGCUGCCAAGUCAAGGACUUAGUUUUAAAUAUGGAGAUAUUCUCCAUGUUAUCAACGCCUCUGAUGACGAGUGGUGGCAAGCCAGGAGAGUCACGCUGGAGGGGGACAGUGAGGAGAUGGGGGUCAUCCCCAGCAAACGGAGGGUGGAAAGAAAGGAGCGUGCCCGGUUGAAGACAGUGAAGUUUAAUGCAAAACCUGGAGUGAUUGAUUCAAAAGGGUCAUUCAAUGACAAGCGUAAAAAGAGCUUCAUCUUUUCACGAAAAUUCCCAUUCUACAAGAACAAGGAGCAGAGUGAGCAGGAAACCAGUGAUCCUGAACAACAUGUCUCCUCUAAUGCCAGCGAUAGCGAAAGUAGCUACCGAGGGCAAGAAGACUUCAUUCUUUCUUAUGAGCCUGUCACAAGGCAGGAAAUAAACUAUACCCGGCCAGUGAUUAUCCUGGGCCCCAUGAAGGAUCGGAUCAAUGACGACUUGAUAUCUGAAUUCCCUGACAAAUUUGGCUCCUGUGUGCCUCAUACUACGAGGCCAAAGCGUGACUAUGAGGUGGAUGGCAGAGACUAUCACUUUGUCAUUUCCAGAGAACAAAUGGAGAAAGAUAUCCAAGAGCACAAGUUUAUAGAAGCUGGCCAGUACAAUGACAACUUAUACGGAACCAGUGUGCAGUCUGUGAGAUUCGUGGCAGAAAGGGGCAAACACUGUAUACUUGACGUGUCAGGAAAUGCUAUCAAGCGGUUACAAGUUGCCCAGCUCUAUCCGAUUGCCAUCUUCAUUAAGCCCAAAUCUCUGGAACCUCUGAUGGAGAUGAAUAAGCGUCUAACAGAGGAACAAGCCAAGAAAACCUAUGAUCGUGCAAUUAAGCUAGAACAAGAAUUUGGAGAAUAUUUUACAGCUAUUGUCCAAGGAGACACCUUAGAAGAUAUAUAUAAUCAAUGCAAGCUUGUUAUUGAAGAGCAAUCUGGGCCUUUCAUCUGGAUUCCCUCAAAGGAAAAGUUAUAAAUUAGCUACUGCACCUCCGACAAUGACAGAAGAGCAUUUAGAAGAACAAAAUAUAUAUAAUAUACUACUUGGAGGCUUUUAUGUUUUUGUUGCAUUUAUGUUUUUGCAGUCAAUGUGAAUUCUUAUGAAUGUACAACACAAACUGUGUGAAGCCAUGAAGGAAACGGAGGGGCCACAGGGUGGGACAGAAAAGACAUUGCAGUAUGCAGGAAGGCUUUGGUUUGCUCAAAGUGCCAGGUGUAGGGAUGAACCUCUGAUGGGCUUUCUGCCCAAGAGGUGGGCAGCCUCCUCACCCCAGCAGAUGUCCAGAGCUGAUUUAGCUGCUGAGCUCUCUGUGUCUUUUGCUUUAAAGAAAAGUUGCCAGCACUUGAACUUCACCAACCUUCCCAUUACCCACAUCUGUAAUUGGUACACUUUGAAUUUUGUAACUAUGCACUCUUUGAUUUCUUAACGAGCAAAAGAAAGAAAGAAGGAAAAAGGAAAGGAGUCCCUUUGGAGACGGCAUAAUAUCAGGGAAGGAUAAGUGUGUAGUUUCUUUGACUGGCAUCUACAAAGACGAGCAUUUCAUAAAAUUCACAAGUGUAUGGAGGACUGACCUCCCUGAGAGGAGGGGGUUCCACCUGAGGUUAGCUUUAUGAUUGUUUAUUGUCUAUUUUGCCAUUUAUAAACUGAAAGGAGGCACUAAAGAUGAGAAUAAUUUAUACAAUAAAAUAUAUUAAAUGUAUAGAAACGAAUUUCUAUAGGUUAAAAAAGUUUUGUGAAAUAUUUUGUAAAGACUAAUUGAAAGACUAAAUGUAUGCACUAUCAGCAGAUGAUCAAAUUCAAGAACUGAAACUUGCACUCUCCCUUUUGUUGCCAAUGAUCCAUUAAGAGCAUCUGAGUUCUUUCCAAAGUCUGACAAAGACUUCUCCCUCACUUACCUCCCAUGAUCUCCCUUCCAUAUUAGUGACACACUCUCAUGGAGCACAUCCCUUAAUGAGUUGCCCUCAUGGGUGUUUUUGGAUGACAUUUGGUUAAUGCAUUUUUAAGCUGAUGGCUUUCAGAGACAAACUCAUGUAAAUGAUCUAAAGGGAAGUUUUUGCUUUUAUCUUAUUAACCUGGGCCUGCCAUGCAAAUAGUUGAAUAACUUUGUUUCUAGUUACUUACAUGCAGUUCUCAAAGGAUCAUUUAGUAUUUUGGCCAACCAUGAGUAAUUAGGAGUUUUGUUUUUUUGUUGUUGUUUUUUUUGUUUUUGUUUUUUUUGUUUUUUUUUUUUUUUUGUCUGUUUCACAAGUAACUGAGGGUUUUGUAACCAGAGAUGGUAUCAAGCCAUGGAGAGAUCUGUCCCAAGAAGCACUAUUUCUUUGAGGAAGAGAGAAGUAUCUCGUUGGGGGGUUGAGGGGUGCAGACUUUUGUUUCUGUGUACAGGGCAAAGAGAACCACAAGAAAAGACAAUUAACAGCUUUGAGCUCAACCAAUUGAACUGCCUUUCUUGGGGGCUGCACCUGGACCAAGUUUAUUUUUUAGCAAUUAUAAUGAUGAUUUAAAAAAACCUCCCGAAGCCUAUAUCCCACUUUAGAGCUGAUGAUGACAUCAGCAUUGCUUGUGCCCACGGUGUUUAGAGAGAGACUUGUCGGUGAUCUAAAUAACCACUCAACUCUGGGUUCUAUGCAUGCCCAGACUAAGCCCCAUCGCCUUAUUUCUGGGGUACAUCCAGACCUGGCAGGGAUUCUGCCACACUGUGCAGCAAACCAGCAUGCAGGCUGGGAUGGGAGAGCAAGAGAUAGAGCCAUCAGCAGUGAUGGGGCUUCUUCACAGUAAGAACAUCGGAGCUCAGAAUGAGGGUCUCUUUCCAAACCCAAGGUUGUUCAUCUUACACUAACUACCACUGUCUGCCUCGCUGCAGUCACCAAAACAAACACAGAAAUGCAAAAUUAUGCAUCUACCUAUAGUCUUGAGGCUACCUUUGCCAACCGAAGGGCUAGCAAUGCAUUUUCCCUCUGAUGAAAGUCACAUUUGGGGGGGGACUUCCUUAGAGUGCUCAAAAUGUUUAAAGGUAUGUCCAUGGCUGCAAUUCGCCAGUUUCAGGUCAAGGCCUACUUUCAUCAAUAUUGCUGCCAGAAGUUUUCUGCCGCCAGAAUGCCAUUCCUGAUCCCAGCUCUAUUUUUAGGCCACCAUAAUAACUUCUUUGGUUUCUCAACUGAGCAUGCAACCAUUUAUUUAAAGGACUGUCAUUAAUGAGUAGAUGUUUCCGCGGGUCGUGUGAUGUGCUUUCCAUUUAAUAUUUAGUAUUGCUGUGGCUGAGUACAAUCAAAUUGAACCACCAACCCUUGGUUUUGUAGUAAUAUGAUUAUUUAUUUUCCUAGUGUAGAUGCUUCCAGAUUAGAGUUGGCAUUUGCACUGAUUUUUUUAUGUAGAUUUAUAUAAAUAUAUAUACAUAUAUAUUUGCUUGAAGAAUCACCAAGCAAAUUGGUGAGAGGGUCUUUUCCUAUAGAAUUUACACCUCCAUUUGUUGUGUUGUCUUGCGCUUCCCAAUGUUGAGGUCUCUAUGGCUCCAAUGAACUGGUGUAUUUUGCAGCAAAUCUGAUGAUUGUACGGAUAUGGCAGGAAAGUUACCCAGAUUACAUCUGGUGCAAAUGCACUUGGAGCCUGGGGCCAGACUGGUGCUAACACUGCAAACUUUGUCCGGAGCUCUCUCCAAUCUGAAGGCUUGCUGGGGGCGCAACGUCACCUUUACAUGCUGGGCCCUUUCGGAAAAGUGCCAGAUCGUGUCACUGGUGCUAUUUUUCAUGCUCUGGUACAAUGUGUAGCACCACGGGGGUCUCAGCUUUACCAAACUCAAAAUCGCAUUUGUCAGCUAAUUGCAGGGGCAUUUGUAUUUUGCUCUCCUCCCACAGGAUCUGUUGGCCAUUUCUUUGCUGGCCUCUCCCUGCCCCCGCACCCCCCCACCACCAGCCCCAAGUUCUUGGCUUGGCGCCAUCUGCUCAGUGAGCCCAUCUUUACGAAGCUGCACUCAGGUGCCUGUGAGCUGUCUUAGAUCCUACUGCCAGCCCUUCCAGACUCUGAGCCAGGGAAAAGCUCUCCACGCCUCUGGCUCUCGCCUCUGGUUUUCCCUCCUUCUUUUUCUGCUCUCCCCUUUCCAUUUCUAUCUCAUUCCAUCGCUCUCUUUGCGCACCUCUCCUUUUCUCCUACUGGCCUGUCUUCCCCGAGUGCUGCCUUCCUUCUGCAGUCUCUCCUUACUCCCUCCCUUUAACUUCCCUAUUUCUCUACCCCCUUUGGGUCUCUCUUCCCCCUGCCUCAUUCCCCUUUCCCCUCCUUUCCUGUCCUUUCUCUCCUCCUCACACAUACUGAGCAUCUCCUGUCCCAUACCCCACUCUGUGAUUUUUCUGUCCUAUAAGGGCUCAUGGCUGAUUUGGACAGCAAGUCCAUACACUGGACCGAUGACACAAUUCCUGUGGGUCACCGUUUCACUUACACAGCCCAGAAAGCAAAGCUGAGCAUGAGGUCCUGGGCUGGAGCCAGCUCCAGCACGCCUCACUGAGCCAGCCUGCACCGCUGCCCUGGCAGUGACGAUGCACAUGCAUUCUGGGCCCCGCAGCACCUGGGUGCCUCUCUGCCUGAAGGCUGGUCCACACUGAGCCCACUCCCAGCACCAUCCCGUGGCUCUGAGGACACCUCCUAUCUACAAAGGCAGACUCUGGCCCCGAAAUCAUUCUGACAGCAAACCUCUUUCUUCUCAUUGAAGCCAUGCCAUCGCCUUGGUUUGGAGAGAGACAUUUUCUCCCCAUUCAUAAGCUUCCCCCCCCCAUUUUCAUGUGAAGCCCCCUCUGCUUUUCAGCUGGUGAUUGCUCUGGUGAGAUUGAAUGGACUUGCUGAUGAAAUAACAUCUCUUUUUUUCCUGUCUUGGUCCUGCCUAAAUUCCUACAAAAGUAUUUAAGUCAAGGACUCGGGCUAGUUCCUAAGCUUAUCGUGGUCAUUUGUCACUCCCAGGGGGAAAAGGGGACAUUUCUCUGAAAGCAUGUGGAGUGACAUGCUAACGACUGAUUUGCCAGAGAUCUCCCUACAGAAUUCUGUGGAUAUGCAUUUUACUUCUGUGUAUGUAUGGUCUAUGUGGUAUGUAUAUCAUGUAUACACAUACUACAUUGGGUAUGAAUGAAUGUGGAUGGAAACCCACACACACACUCCAGUCUGUAAAUAUCCUUCCUCACUGAAAACUGUGCUUUGGAAAUCAUUUCUUGUACAGCUGUGCAGUUUCUUGUAGCAGCUGAGGACAAGCUAAGACAGGUGGAUGAUUUAAACAAAGAUCACCUAAAAGGCGGAAUACAGAAUCUCCCUAGCAACUCACGAGGACAGACAACCAAAUGGCAAGGUUGACUCCCAAUGAGAUGGCAAACUUUUCUUCUCUCCUUUUUGAAUUUGUGUUUCCUAAGUGUGUCAAAUUCUGAGUGCACCAGGCUGUACCCAUUAGAUCCUUUCAAUAUGACAGUUUCGUGCUUCUCUCUGACAGGAUGUUUCUCCAUCGAGCUGUAGUGCAGGAGGAGAGGGAGGGAGGAAACACUCCUUGCCCAGGCUGGAGUUUACAGAGACACUGCACAGCUUACACUCCUGUUAAGUGUAAAUAUUCGACACUUCCAUUCCAUUUGUGUAAAAAAUAAAGCACACACAAUUAUAAAAUCAAGAUGUAUAUUUCAUACUCAGUGUUGUCUGUGCAUAUUUUAUUGCGUUGCUAGUUGUCAGCGGUGGCCCCGUUGUAAAAAUGCCUGAUAGAGUGUUUAUAAACAUGUCAUGGUU